ACGUGAAGAUGGAGAAGGUUUGUUACAAGCACCAGUCGGGUCCUCUUACGCACAAGUGGCUGGGUCCUCCGCUGUCUCGAAUGCACUUGUACCAUACAAGGCGCCGCUCAACAGAGGAGUGAAUGAUCGUGGGAACGGCGUCAGCGGCUACGGCAACUACAACAAUUUCGGGAACAAUGGUGGUUACAAGGGUGACCAUCGCUACGGCGAGCAGCGGGUUGCGAAACAAUGGGGCGGAGGGUACAAGGAUCGCGAUCAUUCGAGAUGAUCGCUUCGACAAGAUCUAUGGUUUGUUCUCUGAACAGGCCGAAGAGAGAGAGUGGAAGCAGCAGGAAGCUGCCAAGUUAGAGUUGCUUGAGGCCGAGAAGAAAAGGUUACAAGCAGAGGAAGAAAAGAAUGCGCAGGCCAGGAAAGAGAGGGAGCUGCAAGAGACAAGGUUAGGGAAGAUCGUUAGGGUGAAUAUGAAAUCGGUGUGUGAAUCGGUUCUUGGGAAGAAGGUGGAAAUUCCCGAUGAAGAUGAAACGGAAAUAAGCAGGGUAAGGAGGGAGUUAGAAGAGCUGAAAGCGCGGUGUGCAGGGGAGAAGGCGGAAUCCAGUCUGGAGGCACUGAGGCGAGAGAAAGAUGCUCUCCAAAGAGCCCAUUCCAAGAGUAGCGAGGAGGAUAUUCUCAGGAAAGAGAUCGAGGCGUUGAAGGCCAGGAAUGACAAGGGCAGGACUGCCGACUUGGUCUCCGAAGGUUCCAGGAGUAACGAAAUUGCUGCACUCCGCUUGCAGAUACAUGAACUUGAAGUUGUCCGCGCGGCUCUUCAGGAUCACAAUAACGAGCUAUUUACCAGAAAGAGCCCGCCUGCGGAACCUGACAUGGGCAAGCAAAUGAUGGUCCCGAUCGGCGAAGCGGUCUACACCCCCAAGGAUCUGGAUGCUCUUCACAAGGCGUUCAAGAAGGCGCAAGCAGGUGAAGAAAUGGCCAACAGGGAGGUGCAAGCUCUUAAACAGCGUAUGGCACACAUGGGAGCUCACUUGCUGACCAAGCAACGGCAAUCGGCCAGAAGGCCGUUGAUGAGGAAGACGACACCACGAAAUCUAAGACCGACACUCAGCGCCAUCCAGGUUGAGAAUGUUGAAUUGGAUAAAGAGGCCGAUCCGGUCAAGGUGGUUGAUGCCGAUGAAGCUCCUGAAAAACCAGAGGAGGCGCAACUGAGGAAACUGCAAGAGGAGGAAAACGGGCAUUGCGAGCAACCAAGAAGGCUGAGAUGCAGCGCAUGUGUGAGGAGGAAGGGAUUACGUAUAUCAAACUCGAUCAAGCUAGAGCGGAUGUCGGCGAAAUCCGAACCAGAAAAAGAUUUGCACAAUGGCUCAAGGAUCAGGGUCAUCAUGAAGAUGAUGACGAUGAUCAAGAUCUGUAGUAUGCCACCUCUGCGGAAGACGCCAACGACGAGUGAGAAUGCGCCCUGAGCGUAUCUUCCUUGUGGGAAUGAGCAUCUUUCUUUCGAGAUUAUCGUAGGUCUCUGCCUAUGGAUGAAGUUAACUAUUUGUUCCGAUUAAUUGUUAUUCUUUUAAUUAUUAAUAAUCAGAUUCUUUGGGGUUGUAAAUUUCGUGAGUUGCUUUCGCAUUUGCUCCAAAUC